AUGGCUGAAGCUUUGGCAACCACUGAUCUACAAGGCGCAUUGCCUCUUGUCGCCCGCGGCAAGGUGCGCGACCUGUACAAGGUCGACGACAAGACCCUGCUCUUCAUUGCGACUGAUCGCAUCUCCGCCUACGAUGUGAUUAUGGAAAAUGGAAUCCCUAACAAGGGCGUCCUCCUUACCCUCUGCACCAAGACAUGGUUCAAGAUCCUGACAGAGACCGUCCCCGGUCUGCGCACCCACUUCCUCACCCUCGAUCUCCCUUCCCAGAUCCCCGCAUCGCUGCGCCCGGUCCUGCAGAACCGCAGUAUGCAGGUCCGCAAGCUCCGUAUCCUCCCCAUUGAGGCCAUCGUUCGUGGCUACAUCACCGGCUCCGCUUGGAAGGAGUACCAGAAGUCCGGCACUGUGCACGGUCUGGCGGUCCCCGCAGGUCUGCAGGAAAGCGAGGCCUUCCCCAACGGUCCGAUCUACACACCAAGCACCAAGGCCGAGCUUGGCGAGCACGAUGAGAACAUUCACCCUGACGAGGCCGUCAAGAUUGUUGGAGAGAAGUAUGCCGCGCGCAUUGCUGAGCUCGCUUUGCAGCUGUACAAGGCUGCGCACGCGUAUGCUCUGGAGCGCGGUGUUAUCAUUGCCGAUACCAAGUUCGAGUUCGGCGUUGACGAGGAGAACGAUGAGGUCGUUCUGGCUGAUGAGGUCCUGACCCCGGACUCCUCCCGCUUCUGGCCCAAGGAUACCUACGCUAUUGGCCGUGGACAGGCAAGCUUUGACAAGCAGAUUCUCCGUGACUGGUUGGUCAAGGAGGGACUCAAGGGUAAGGAAGGUGUUCGCAUGAGCGAUGAGAUUGCGCAGAAGACCGCUGAGAAGUAUAAGGAGGCGUGGGAGAAGAUCACUGGUGGUAACUAG